UCUUUCGCCGAAGCUUAUACGACAGCUGCAGCGGCAUAUGCCAGCGUUUUACAACAAGGCAAAAUAAAUGCUGCCGGUAUUGACUGUGGCGAGAAAGCUCGGGAUGACUUCAUUACUGCCUUAAACAAUUGUGACGGUAGUGCAGAGUGUAUCGAAACGUUGAAGAAUACGUUGUCAAAUGACUUUUCACAAUGCUUUGUGAAACUUAGUGAUCACGACUCGGAAAAACUGAAGAGCUGUUUGGCGCAGCUGGAUGACGUACGCAAGCAGUUUUCGUCGCUCGUGCAAAGCAGUUUGGAACAGUUGCUUGCGUCGGCAGUCAGACCUCGCCUGAAAUCGACCAUCGACUUGUUCCUCGAUGAAACGCACACGCCGAGCGAAGCCGAGUUUGCUGAAAUGGAAGCGUCUGAUGUUUUCGUACAGCAGUUGGUUACUGUCCUAGACUCGGUAUUGAACGUAUUCAAGGCAUUCCUUAAUCAAUCGGUAUAUAACUCGUUCCUUGAAAUUGUCGCUGGUAGUGUAGCCGUUGAUUUGGAGAAAGUGAUUCUGAAUGCGACAUACAACCGCCUUGGCGGAUUGGUACUCGACAAGCAAAUUCGUGGCCUAAGUGCUUACUGGACAACCGUUGCCAGUUGGUGCCUUCGGGAGAAAUUUUCCAGGCUCAGUCAGGUCGUAUCGUUGUUAAAUGUGGAAUCGGUUGUUGACGCUGAAGGUUUCUAUAAAUCCACUUCUCUUGCCUGGUUGUUAAGUCCUACAGAAAUUAAGCAGGUUCUGGCGUUAAGGGUAGAUCUUCCUGGAAAUGACAUUAGGCAACUUGUGCUGUAA